AAUACGGUGGUGGAUCGGAUUUUCUCUGGUAUUCAGCCAACUGGGACGCCUCAUCUGGGUAACUACCUCGGAGCCAUCCAGAACUGGGUGAAUCUGCAGGAAGAGGGCAGCUCAGUGCUCUACAGCAUUAUGGACAUGCACUCGCUCACCGUGCCCAAGGAGCCAGCCGUCCUGCGCCGGAACAUCCUGGACACCACCGCUGCCAUCCUCGCCUGCGGCAUUGACCCAAAGAAGUGUUGCCUGUUCCGACAGUCGCUGGUUCCUGAGCAUGCAGAACUUGCCUGGAUUCUUGGGUGCUUAACGAACAUGCCGCGUCUGCUACGCUUGCCCCAGUGGAAGAUGAAGCGUGCCAGCCAGAAUGGCGAAGGAACCGUCGGUUUGCUGACUUACCCCGUGCUUCAAGCAGCAGAUAUUUUGCUGUACAAGUCGACACGUGUGCCUGUUGGAGAAGAUCAAGUCCUGCACCUGGAACUAGCCCAAGAUAUAGCACAACAUUUCAACAAGAAAUACGGAGAAUUCUUUCCGGUGCCCAAAGCCAUUUUAAGUGCAACGAAGAAAAUAAAAUCCCUCAGAGAUCCAGCGGUGAAGAUGUCCAAGUCAGACCCACAGAAGUUAGCCACAGUUAACAUAGUGGACAGCCCCGAUGAAAUAGUGCUGAAAUUCCGCAAAGCUGUGACUGACUUUACCUCUGAGGUCACCUAUGACCCAGCCAGUCGCCCUGGUGUCUCCAACCUGGUGUCCAUUCAUGCUGCAGUAACAGGGCUGAGCAUCAAAGAAGUGCUCCACCAGUCUGCUGGUCUCGACACUGCUCGCUACAAAAUGGUGGUAGCGGAGUCAGUUAUUCAAAAAUUUUCACCUAUCAGGAAUGAAAUCAAGAAGCUCCAGGAAGACAAAUCCCAUCUGAUAAAGGUUUUAGAGGAUGGAGCAGAGAAAGCCAAAGAACUGGCUGCCCCCAUCUAUCAAGAAAUAAGAAGACUGGUGGGAUUUCAGUAG